GGGGAAGAGGCAAAGGGUGGGGGGAGAACGCAAACUCGUCUGCUUCGUUUCGUCCUCGUCGAUUCGAUCGAUCGAUCGAUCUCACCCCCUCUUCCCCUUCGACGGGCGCAGCCGCCGGAGUCCUCCAACCCUCUCCUGUCCGUCCCCUCGCCUUCCGUGCUCCGAUGAGGUCGCCUGUGGCGAGGUCAGGGUUCUUGAUGAUGGUUCUGGUGGUUCUUGGAGUCUCGGGUUGCGGGAGGGCCAAGACCGAGGACGCAUACGUCACCCUCCUAUACGGAGAUGAGUUUCUCCUGGGAGUUCGUGUCCUCGGGAAGUCGAUCCGUGAUACCGGAUCCACCAAGGACAUGGUCGUCCUAGUCUCGGAUGGCGUCUCCGAGUAUGCCAAGAAGCUUCUUGAUGCUGAUGGUUGGAUUGUCCAGCAUAUAAGUUUGUUGGCCAAUCCAAAUCAUGUGCGGCCAAAGAGGUUUUGGGGAGUGUACACAAAAUUAAAGAUAUUCAACAUGACAGAUUAUAGAAAAGUUGUUUAUCUUGACGCUGAUACAAUUGUCGUAAAGAGUAUUGAGGAUCUAUUCAAGUGUGGAAAGUUCUGUGCAAACUUGAAACAUUCUGAAAGAUUGAACUCUGGGGUGAUGGUUGUAGAGCCUUCUGAAUCCACUUUUAGAGAUAUGAUGAGCCAAGUGAACUCUUUAUAUUCUUACACUGGAGGAGAUCAAGGUUUUCUGAAUUCAUAUUAUUCUGAUUUUCCCAAUGCUCAUGUUUUCGAGCCCAAUUUGUCUUCAGAUGCCAUGAAUUCUAGACCUGUACCUGUAAUGCAACGGCUCUCGACUCUAUAUAAUGCAGAUGUUGGUCUUUACAUGCUGGCCAAUAAGUGGAUGGUUAAGGAGGAAGAACUUAGAGUUAUUCAUUACACUCUUGGCCCCCUUAAACCAUGGGACUGGUGGACAGCUUGGCUUCUAAAACCAGUGGACGUGUGGCAGAAUGUUCGGAAACAACUUGGUGAAUCUCUUCCUGGGACUGGUGGAGGAAGAGAUCCUCAUGACCAGCUGUUGGUCAAAACCUUAUGUGCUUUUCCUGUUUGCUUGCUGUUUUUAUGUUAUUAUGGUUCCUUUCUUCAGAUAAUCAAGGAUUUCACCAAUAUACUUUCUCGAAAUUCCAUCUGUGAUUAUGCAAGGCGUAUCUACCAGCGAUUUAGAUCAGGAGGCCUUCCUGCAUAUUCUGGUGUUGGAGUUGCCCCAUCUUCUUUUGUGAAUCCCAGUCAACAGUUUUCAGGUGGUUCACAUUACAAGCUACCUGCUUACUUGGGCGCAAUGUCUGUUUUUGUCUGCUUUAUGGCUGCUGCGGUGUCCCUCGGUCUUUCAUUUGUUCUGGUUCCCCGUCAAGUGAUGCCAUGGACAGGCUUAUUACUGAUGUAUGAGUGGAGUUUUUUGACUUUUUUCUUAAUAUUUAGAUGCUAUCUAAAUUUUAUCCAUCAAUGGGGAAAUUGGACUGCGAAUCAGACUAACUAUAAUCGGCUUGAUUCUGACUCGGGAAAAGGUUCUCAACGCAGUGCCUCUGGUUGUGACGUAGUGGCAUGGUUUUAUUGGUUAGGGAUGGCAGUUCUGGCUAUUGUUGCCCCUUCACUGCCGUGCCUGUUGGGGAUUACUGCUCUUUUUACAAGGUUGGGUCUGAUGAUUGGCGGUGGUUUUGUUUUAGCUGCUUUUGUGACAUUUGCCUCGGAGCAUCUGGCUGUGAGAGCCUUUCUGAAAGGCUACGAAGAUCGUCCGUCAGCCAAGGUCUAGAAGCACGUGUUUUCUAUGCUAGGAGUUGUUGUAGUAAUCAUGUAUUAAAGUUUUGGAAGGUCCUCUUUAUUCGUUUAAUUGGAAGAUGACAUUGGGCCGUACGCGAGUUGAUAUUCAGAAAAAUUGAGACAGAAUGAAUAGAUUGGAACAUAAAAGACGAGGACGACUUUGCUGCUCCUUUCGGAAAGGGGGGGAGUUUAGCAUGAAUAUUUGCUUUGUGUUACAGUCGGCUUGGAGGGAUCAUUACAUGCUGGCAGAUGCGUACGAGGAUACUGUCGUGGGGCCUUUGGAUUUUGCAAGUUGCUUCUCUUACAUACUGUACGGGAUGGGAUGGGUGCAGUCUGUCUGACAGUUUGUUGA